AUGCAUACAACGGUUUUGAUCCUUUUGGGAAUUGUUACAGUGGCCACUGCUGGCUGGCUUGGAGGAGGUGGAGGUGGAGGAGGAGGUGGUGGAUGGUCAAAGGGAGGAGGAGGUGGUGGCUGGUCUCAAGGAGGUGGUGGUGGAGGAUGGUCACAAGGAGGCGGUGGAGGUGGUGGCUGGAAGAAAGGUGGAGGUGGCGGAGGAUCGGGAUGGCAGUCUGGCGGUGGAGGAGGCAGUCGAGGAUGGUCAAGUGGCGGUGGAGGUGGUGGUGGUUGGAAAAAAGGUGGCGGUGGUGGAGGAGGUGGAUGGAAACAAAGUGGUGGCGGUGGCUAUGGAAGUUGGUAAAUGCUUGCAAUAAUAAUGUGUGACUAGAAAAAUUUUGUGAAAUUGUAAAAAUGUAUUAUAGAAGUUAGUAAUUUUUGUAUCAAAUAAAGCGCUUUCAAUAUUUUUUAUUAAAAAAUUAAAAAAAAAAAAAAUUAUUGUAAAAAUUGAAA